AUGACAAACCUAAAUCACUUUGGUUUUGAUGGCUUCAACCCAGGGAUGCCAACCCCACCUCUCCGUGAUCUGGGAGGAAGAGUUGCAUCAGUACGGGCCUUCGUUGAUCCAACCCUCCGCGACAUACAAAAAAGUGCAGCUCUUUCCAAAAAGCUUCGGGACUUGACUUUUCUUGUUUAA